AUUGCAGUAAAUUUCGAAGGAGCUGGAUGUCAAAUUUGACAGAUCGAACUCGUUGGAAUGGAAAAAAUAUAUUUGGUCCCGUUGAAAAAUUGGAUCAAACCAGCGAAGCAGGGGCCCGGCCUUAAAGACCGGAAAAGCGAGUUUUCAGGCUUUUCUACGUGAAGAUAACCACGCAAAUGUGUCGAUGUGUACGAGGAAGCAUUUUCCGAGCACGUAGGAGGGCUCGGUUCCGGAGUUUGCGCACGAAACGUCCCAAUAUGGAUUCUCGUGGAGCAGCGCGUACAUCUGGCAAGUGAAAAUGCGGCAGUAGAGCAUAUAUAUCCUUUAUCGCGAACGGUUGACGUCCAAGUGUCGGAUAGAAAAGCUCUCGUCAAGGCAUGUCUGAUCCGGAGUACGCGUACGCUUGUCAAAGAGCCGAGCUCCUUGGACAACCGAAACCGAGCGAGGAGGAAUGGGCAGCUUCGAGGAAAAGCGUCCACGUUAACGAGGAUCCUGAGGAAGUCGAUAACGCCGUUGCUCAGGAUUUGGAUCAAUCGGAUGAAAGUAUGCGACGAGUUGGCGGAGGUCUUGACGAGUUGAACAGUAUUCUGAAUGCCACGCAGAAAAAAAUCAACAGGUUCAAGACCGUGUGCGGAAGCCUCAGCACACUGUUACGCGUGAAGGUUGGUUCGCGGAACAACACGCCGGACCAUAAACCGUUGACGCCGAACGCGGAUGUCGAGAAGUCAUCGAACGCCGAAUUUUUAGUACCAGACGAGACGUUAACGGUCGAAAAGACGCUCGAGCCUUCCUCGCUCGUAACGGGUGACGAGGAGCUCGUCAACAAGCCCAAAAAAAUCGAUCUGAACGAAAAAAUGGGCUCGCAUCUCGACAAGCUCGACUCCCUUAUCAACAAAGCGGAGAAUGCUCAAUACAGCAUGCAGCACCAGACUAAACAAAUGAAGAAAAUCAUAAACAAGUAAGAAAACGAACUUCGGGUGCUUCAAAAAACGUCGAAUUCAAAUUUUAAACGAAUAUUCAAGCAUUGCAAACGCCACAAAACAAACAAUAACAGAGUUAAGGAAAUCGUAAGUCGAAGAACAAAAAAACAUGGAAAUAAACAAGGGAAACAUCGACGAGUUUAUUCGUUCAUAAUACAUCGAUAAAACUGAUAAAUGAGAUAGUACGAAAAAGCACAAGACUCAAACCUCCUCCGUAUUAAAACUCGUUUACAUUUACCAGAAAAAAUCAUCAUUUUGCAGAAUUAACGGUUUGUCACGUGUGUGCUCUAACGAUAAAAAUAAUAAAAAAUUCCGCGGUCACUUCCGAAUUACGACAACGAAUCGACACGCGAAAACAACUGCAGAUGUGUCGAAAAAAAGUAUAAAGUUUGUCUGAUUCGAAUAAACGAAUAAUUCCGAAGUUUUUGUAUUAUAUUUUGUGGCAGAAUUUUUCAACUUCGACUAACGAAAUAAGGAGAAUUAUUAAAAGUAUAAAUCUUUACAAUCGAUUCGUAUUGACCAUAAGUUAUUAUGAGUUUUUCAGGCUCAAUUAUAAACGACUGGAAAUUAAGAAAGAAUGACGCAGCUUUACUCAUAGUUUGUCUAUCAGGAAUAAUUGUUUUCCUAACGACUAAUAUUUCUGUCUUUCAUUAAACGAGUAUAAUUAAGUUCGAGAUCGUGAUAAUAUUGUCUUACAUUACAAUCAGGUUGUGGAGUAACGUAGACGAAAAAAAAAAGACAGAGAUAAAAACAGGUGAAGAAAAAACAAUGAAAAACGACGAAAAGUAGAGAUCUGGUGAGACGACGAAACGAAGAGUUAUAUUUAGAGUCGACGCGGCGAUGCAGCAGUCGGAAAAAAUGUUUUUCUUCCAAAUGUCGUCGCUCCCCGCUCCGCCGUACGAAUGUAGUGUUGUGAACUCAAUUAUCUUAUAACAAUAUCGAAGUUUAUAUCGCUGAAAUGCAACGAAAUUUCCGACACUUCACUUUUUCGAUUAUUUGGGAAAUAAUUUCCGGUAACUCGAAGCUCUCGAGCCACACUGAAACGUCGCGAUACGUGCUGGUCAACUUAACCUCAAAACACGGAUAAAAAUUUCGUUGCCUUUCCCCGAGCGACGCACGUUUCGUGAAUGUGUUUUUUUAUUAAUCGUUAUUAAUAUUGUUGUACACGUAUUAUAACUAUCGCCGGAUUGGCUCAUUAUUUUACGGGUGUAUUGUUGAAUCUACAAAUAUAUUUUUCGUGUUAUAUUGUACCGAAUAAUACAUACAAUGUUAUAAUAAUAAGCCAUAUCAGACGCAAAUGCAUUGUUUGACGCUGAGUUACGAUUAUGGUUGCAUGAAUAUUUAUGAAAAAAAAGAAAAAUAAUAUCAAUAUAUACGCGAAAGCUGAUGGUGUGAGAUACGAAGCUCGUUAAUUUGAUGCUUCAAACGGUGUUCGAUCGAAAAAUUAUUUCACUCGAUUCCGUUUGGUAAACACCUCUAUUGAAGAAUUCUAAAAAAAAAAACACUCGUCGACGACGGUUUUCGUCAUUGUUGUUGCUAAAAGUAAAAAUUCAGGGAUGCGGAUGAAUUUUUUGAGAUCUUUAUCGAAUACCUAAAUUAUCUCAUUUAGAACGGACAAGUGUUUUGGCUGAGAACGUGCCGAUGGAAAUUCGUUCAAAAAACAACGCAAUUAGGUUAAAGUAAGAUUUGUUUUUUUUACUCGCGAAUUCAUAAAGCGAAUUUGACACGCCGAAGGAAUUAUAUAUAUUCGAUACUGUUCGCAAUGGUGGCCAAAUAAAUAAAAAAAAAACAAACGUAUUUAGAGGUUAUGGCGUUAAAGCAUGAAAACGAUGAACACGAAAAAACGAUGAAUGUCAAACCUAAAAACCACAACUCUUAUUCUACAAAAAUUUGUAGAUAAAUGUAUUCGAAUUGAAGCGUAACCUCUCGCGGCGAGAUCCGUAACUAAUUUUAUAAUUCAAGCCCAAUUCGAGCUGGUCGUAUUUAUGAAUUGCGUACAGAACGAACGAAAAAAGAAAAAUGAAGGGCGAAAAGUAAAUCUUCGUCGAACCCAAAAUCAAUUAAUUCGAUGCCUAUAUAUGUACCAUCAUUGACAUAUGACAUAUAUUUAUAAUCAUAUAUGUAUGUAUGUAUAAUGCAAAGAGAAAUAUUUAACGGAUUCGGAAAAAAGCUUCUGCAAAUAUAUUUACCAAUGUUGUUUUUAUACAUACAUGCAUCUUGCGCGUAAUAACGUUAAUAAAAAAAAACUAAAAACAUGAUUAUUUUGCGAUUAAAUCUCGCGCUAUGUUGCGCAUUAGUAGUGAAAGGAAGAAAAUAUUAAAAAUGAUAUCAACGUGCUUUGCUAGAGCUUUAUGCAAAAUAAAACGUGUUACUUUUGUUUAAAAAAAUUUCAGCGUGUACUCACUUGUUCUGUAAUACAUGCCAAGAACUAUAGAAGGCAGUCGACGGAGUCAACUGUAGAAAUUAUAUUUUGCACAAAAUAUCACAAUAUAGUUAUUACACCAAAUACACUUGAACAGCGCCCGAAAACUAAAGCCAGCAACGAAUAAAGUUAACAACAUCGGUAAUACAAAGAUUAAGACGAAACCUAUAACCUAACAGUCUAAUUUUACGAACGUAAUAACGGUUCGUGGAACAAUACACUGUACGAAGUUAUUGUUUAUUUGAGAAAAUACAUAAAUAAGGAGGGCCUUGGGAGAA